UCUACUUCCGCCUUGAAGCGUGUGGUCGCGCCGCGCACACGCGCACACUGACAAGAGGCCGUCAGACUUCACUGCUGUAGCGGGAGAACGAGAUGCUUUGAGGCCGAGCUUUUAUUCAUUGUCUUCCCCCCCCCUCCGUCCAGUCGAUAGUCCACCGCCACCGUCAACACCAUGAACCCCGGUGGACGUCCGCCGCCAAAGGCCGGCGUGGAGAGGAACCCUGCGGAACCUUCGCCGGGGAAGAGAACUUCUCUGUGGUACCGACGCUCACUGCGGGGAAGCAACGACCAGCAGAGACAGCCGUACAACUGUGACUCUCUGCCCCGGACGGUGAAGCCCAAACACCUCCUUGUUGACUACUCGGAUCCACAACGAAGCACAGUUGUCCUGGAAAAGGAAGACAAUGGAACAUUUGGGUUUGAAGUUCAGACCCAUGGCCUGCAGCUGCGGAGCAGCUCUGCAGUGGAGGUGUGCACGUUUGUGAGCAGGGUGGAAGACAGCAGUGCUGCAGAGAGCGCCGGUCUAACUGCAGGAGAUGUUAUCAUCAGCAUCAACGGGGCCAGCAUUGAAGGAUGCUCUCAUCAGCACAUUCUCGAUCUAAUAGGAGGAUCAACCAACAGAUUGAAGAUGGAGACCGUGUGCGGGAGUGUGGUGAAGUGGAUUGAGCUGGAGAAGAGGGUGAAAAUGUUGAAGCAAUCAUUGCGUGAGAAACUGGUGGAGCUGCAAGCGCUUACGUUACAGGAACAACGCCUAAUUCAAGGUCACCCGAAAGAAAACGGCCUCUCAACCGAUUCCUCCGAAGUUGCCAGCUCCCCCAGAAACCCCCUCAGCCUCCGCUUCUCCAGCGACAGCAGCUGCAGGAGCGGGCUGACAGACGACAGCGACCAAGGCAGCGUCUUCGGCGAUCCGAGCUCGCCCAGCCCCUGCAGCGCAGCCAGCGGCACCCAGGAGGAGCACUUCUUCUCGCGGAGAUUCUCCUUAACCGCCGGCAACCAUUUGCAACACGUCGCCGGCCAUUCCAGUAGCUCCAGCCUGGCCAGCAGCAGCAACAGCAGCAUCAGCUCCCAGUCGCCAACAUGGAACGAAACCAGGAUCUCCUCUUUGUUCGGCACCCUGCCCAGGAGAGGCAAACGGACCAAUGUUCGGAAAAACAUCCUUAAGUUGAUCCCCGGACUGCAACAGCGAUCGGUUGAAGAAGAGGAGCCUUAAAGGGGACUAAAAGUGUGUUUUCUGGACGUUAUUACAUGUCAAUUCUAAGAAGAGGAGGAGGAGGAGCCUUAAAGGGGGCUAAAAGUCUGUUUUCUGGACGUUAUUACAUGUCAAUUCUAAGAAGAAGAGCCUUAAAGGGGGCUAAAAGUCUGUUUUCUGGAUGUUAUUACAUGUCAAUUCUAAGAAGAAGAGGAGCCUUAAAGGGGGCUAAAAGUGUUUUCUGGAUGUUAUUACAUGUCAAUUCUAAGAAGAAGAGCCUUAAAGGGGGCUAAAAGUCUGUUUUCUGGAUGUUAUUACAUGUCAAUUCUAAGAAGAAGAGAAGCCUUAAAGGGGGCUAAAAGUCUGUUUUCUGGACGUUAUUACAUGUCAAUUCUAAGAAGAAGAAGAAGAGGAGGGAGGAGCAUUAAAGGGGGCUAAAAGUC